UCUUUUACUUCCAGCCCUUCAUAGAAGUUUGUCGGAACCAUUUUUUACGGGAACUUGCUUAUGAUUCGCAUAUCGUGAUGGGUGAAGCUUUGCAUGCAGAAAUUCUGUUGAGCGCAUUCGCUAUUAUUGUUUGCAUGGUGUUCAACCACUUCUUAAGAAAAUACAAUUUUGUUGCGCUACCGGAGUCUGUGCUUGAAGUGAUAAUUGGAGCUAUUUGCGCUACAAUUUGGUUCUACAUACCAGUCAUGACAUCGUUAGAUUUUAGCUAUGAAUUUUUUUUUAGUGUUCUCCUUCCAUUUAUUAUAUUCGAAUCUGGUUUCUCAAUGCAUAGACAAAGCUUCUUUCGAAAUGCAGGAUCCAUAUUAACCCUCGCAAUUAUCGGUACAUUCAUGUCAAGUUUGAUAAUUAGCAUUUUAGUGCAUGUGCUCUCCUCUCUCUUGUCGCCAGUCAAGUACAAUUUCUGGGACUCUUUAAUCCUAGGCUCGAUCUUGUCAUCCACAGACCCUGUUGCGACCCUGUCUGUGUUCGACAAAGUAAAUGUGGACACGACCGUCAAAAGUCUAGUGUUUGGCGAAAGUGUUCUAAAUGACGCUGUGUCAAUUAUUCAACUGAAGACUCUCGGAUCUCUCUAUUCAGACGAAUUCACAGCAAAAACGUUUUUCGUCGGGUGUCUAAAAUUUUCUGUCAACCUCGUUGGUACCAUCCUGAUCGGCUUUCUAAUGGCAGCAUUCAUAUCGUUCCUACUCAAACGAACAACCCUUGGCGCAAACAGAACUUAUGAAAUCAUUUUUAUUUUUCUUGCCGCAUAUGCGUCCUACUUUCUAUCAGAAAUUGCCUCAUUAUCUGGAAUUGUAGCUAUAUUUUGCUACGGAAUCAAUACCAGACACUACACCUACCAUACGCUAUCCGUGGGAUCUCAACAUGUAUUACUGAUGAUAUUCGAGGUCAUGAAGGAGUUCUGUGAAGUUAUCGUCUUCGUCCUACUUGGACUGACUAUUUUGCAAGAACACCGGAGCUACAACAUGCACAUGAUCAUCAUUACCAUCUCCGUAACUCUUAUAGCUCGUGCGAUCCAUAUAGUCAUACUGUCGUUCUUCAUGAAUAUCAGAAGAAGUAGAAAGAUCACUGCGGGCAUCCAGCUCGUACUUUGGAACGCUGGACUCCGUGGUGCGGUUGCGUAUGGUCUCGCAGUUUCGAACAUGGUGCCAAACAUUCCUAACAAAUUGGUGCUGAUCACAACCGUUCACGCUUGUGUUUUAUUCACCAUUCUGCUUCACGGAAUGCUGACUCUACCGAUCGUAAAGUUAACUAAUGUCUUGAAGCGGGAUGACGAAACGUACACAUCCGAGAUGUCUAAGAUGAAGAUUUACCACUAUUGGCAUGUCAUAGACAAAAACUACAUUACUCCCUUCAUAUCGAAUCCCAGAGGGUACAGCGAUAUCGAAACAACGAGUUUGGAUAUUACCUUACCCGAUGAAGCCAAUUAGGUGGGCACUCUGGAUGUACUAAUAUGACUUAAUAUGACUUUUACGCCGUGCCUCCCGUUCCGUCCCCCUCCAAGGGCGCGCGCGCUUGACGAGAGCGAUCGGCCCCCAGCAAAAAUACCCACCUCUGAGUCGCAGCAAUCGUUGAUACAUAUAUAACAUAGUUGUAUAUAAUAAAAGCAUUAUAAACGUCUGUACGAGU